UACAAAAUAAAAAACCUAUAUUGAAAAUUGUGUCACGUCCUCUAGUGGCCUGAUAUAUGAUUAUGAAUAUUUAAGAGUUAGUUGCUAACGAGAACCAUUUAAACAAUUUAUUUAAAACUUAAUAAACGGAAUUUGUGACCAGCCACCCCUAGAAACAAUAAAAGGUGCAAAACAUUUGAAAAGCUGUGUUUUUAGGGUUCCGUACCCAAAGGGUCAAACAGAACGCUAUUACUGAGACUCUGCUGUCCGUCCGCCCGUCCGUCUGUCACCAGGCUGUAUCUCAUGAACCAUGAUAGUCAGCCAGUUGAAAUUUCUACAGAUUAUGUAUUUCUGUUGCCGCCAUAACAACAAAUACAAAAAACAGAAUAAAAUAAAUACUUCAUUCCAAUCUCGAUGUUCUCAUCCAAUUGGAUGGGUGACCGUUUUUAUAAAUAAUGGUACGGAACCCUUCUUGUGUGAGUCCGACUAGCACUUGGCCGGUUGUUUUUUAAUAUCAUCCUAUUUAUUUAUUUAAAAGAUAAUUAUUAUAUGGAAGAGCAUAUAUAGAGUCGAGCGACGCUCUUAAAAAUUGAAACGAAGUUAAGAAAAUAUAAGCAAAUUUGUCUACUGGAUCCUAACCAGGGAUAUUUUAACUGAAAACUGGUAAAGGUAAUCUAAUAGUAAAAAUAACUAAAAUACCUAACAUAAUUUUCUUUAUCAUAAUAAGUCGCUUACAAACAUCAUAAUAUAAUAACAUAAAUAAAUUUAAUUUAAACAAAAAUCUUAAUAUACAAAUUUCUGACAAAGUUACAAGAGCGCCAUCUAGUGAAUUUUAAUCUCGGUAUCUAAACUAUCUAAUCGCUGGUGUAUCACAUAUUCUUUGUAUAGAAUCGUACUUAAAUCAGUUUAUUCUAUUAAGAUCUAUUUGCUUUGCGGAUUAAAAAACUGUUGUUGCUUUUUUGUAUAUAGACACAUCACUAAAACUUGAUUAUGUUUUAUCAUAAUCGAAAACUUUCGUUUAACGGAACGUUAUGCGUAAAAAAAAAAAUACAGUGACAAAAUAUUCUGUCAUUCGGUUGUCAGAAACAGUGAAUAAUUUUCUAAAUUUUUUAGUUUUUUGUUUGUAUUUUUACAUGAUUCUGUUGAGAAUUAGUGCAGUUUUGAUGCUUAGAUCUUAGAUUUGAUAAUUGUUAACUAAUUUCAUAUGUUAUUAACGUGUGAACUGAGUUGUGAGGAGUUGCCGAUCAAACGACGUGUCAUAAAACAGAUUGCUUCCAACCUUAUGACUUACAAGGAAUGUGGAUUAUUUCUCAUUUCAUUUGAAAAUUAGUUUAUUUUCACAUGGGUGAUGGCUUGGCAGUCGGACACGCGUACUGAUGAAAACAGCUUCUUGCUUCGUUUGCGGAUCAUAGGAGCGUAUUCAUUAGCCAAAAAGGACAUCUUCGGUGCCAGCGACCCUUAUGUGCGCGUGGAGCUACAGAAGGUGGACGGGGACGUCACCAUAGAAACGUUUCUCACCAAGACCAAGAAAAAGACACUAAACCCAGUAUGGAACCAAGAGUUCGUGUUCCGCGUGAAGCCCGAGGAGCACAAGCUGCUGAUCCAAGUGUUCGACGAGAACCGGCUGACGCGCGACGACUUCCUCGGCAUGGUGGAGGUGCCGCUGGCGGGCGCGCCCGCCGAGACCGCCGCCGCGCCGCGCCCGCCGCCCGUCAAGUACGCGCUCCGACCGCGCAGGUCCGUUGCCCGCUCCCGAGUCCGUGGGCACAUCGAAGUGUACCUGGCGCUCGUGGGGCGCGGCGCGGACACGGACACGGACGAGCCGCGCCCCGACGACUGGGAGAUGGUGGAGCCCAGCCCGCAGGUCGGCAACGUGCAGCCGAUGACGGUCCCAUCGUCCACGGGAGAGCCCUGGGAGCUGGUCCAAUGGCCCGAAGACCUGUCAGGGGAUGACGAUUUCGUUGUGGUGGGAGGAGACCCGCUGCCGCCGGGCUGGGAGGAACGUCAGGACGCCAACGGACGCACGUACUACGUGAACCAUGUUGCCCGGUCCACUCAAUGGGAGCGGCCUAGUGUGGGCUUUACGCGUAACAUGAGUACAGAAUCGCAGAAUGAGCGCAUGGAAAACGCAGCCACAGAGUUCCAGCGGCGCUUCCAUAUCUCGCAUGACGACGAGCGCGGCACGCAGCAAGCGCAGGAUAGCAAUAGGAGCGACGAGAACUCCACAGAAGUGACGCCAUUUUCAUCCCCCGUGCGUUCCCUAGACCGGGAUUCGAACCCCGAAGUGCCUCAAUCUAGCUUAAGUAAUACCUGUGAUAGUAAUUUAAGGGAGGAAGAUGAUGUAGUCUGCGCGAACGAAGUUAGACAAAGAGAUGUAGACAACGAAAAUGUUGCUCAAGUCUGUGAUACGAUCUCUAGUCAAAACGACCAAUCGGAGAACGCUGAAGCGAACCAAUCAGAAAACGCGGAAGCGAGCCAAUCAGAGAAUGCGGAAGCGAACCAAUCAGAGAACGCUGAAGGGACCCAAUUAGAUGUUGAUAAUGGCGAAGCUAGUGGAAGUAGUGUAGCACCCGAUCAAUCAGAAGCGAAACCUGAUACAGAAAAUGAAGGAACUGCUGAAAAUGCAGAGAACGCAGAAGGCGAAAGAGGGAAUACAGAAACGGACGAAAGAGACUCAAAUGUAGAAGCUACCACUACAAGCGUAGAAGGAACCGAAAACGCCGAAGUAGAAACAAGGAGAGUGGACGAAAGAGAUGCAGAUAGCAUAGAGAUAGAGAUAGAAGAGGCACUAACGUUUGACGAGAAUCACUUCAGUACGCCGACUGGGGGGACGACGCCGGAGAGAGGGGCGUCGCGGCGACGAAUGACCAGCAGUUCUAUGGACGAUACUGAGGACGAAACGGAUAACCAGUCGACGGAUAGUACGAGGAGCACCGCCAGCAGUCAACAGAGCCAGAAUAUACCCAAUAGUGAUGGUUUACCACAAGGCUGGAGCAUGCAGCGAGCGCCCAAUGGCAGGAUAUUCUUCAUCGACCAUAACCAGAAGACAACCACCUGGAUAGACCCCAGAACAGGGUGCGCAUCUCAUCUACCAGCGGUAGCGGCCGCGGGAGCGGAAGCGGACGAGUUAGGGGCCCUACCCGAAGGUUGGGAGGAGCGCGUUCAUACCGAUGGAAGGAUAUUCUUCAUCGACCACAAUACCCGAACAACGCAGUGGGAGGACCCCAGAUUGUCCAACCCUCAGAUCGCGGGACCCGCCGUGCCUUACUCUAGGGAUUACAAGCGCAAAUACGAGUACCUGAAGAGCCAGUUACGCAAACCGAGCAACGUUCCCAACAAGUUCGAGAUCAAGGUCCGAAGAAACUCCAUCCUCGAGGACUCGUACCGCAUCAUCAGCUCUGUGAGCAGACUCGACCUGCUGAAGACCAAGUUGUGGGUCGAGUUCGAGUCCGAAGUCGGCCUGGACUACGGCGGCCUAGCCCGCGAAUGGUUCUUCCUCCUCUCCAAAGAGAUGUUCAACCCCUACUACGGCCUCUUCGAAUACUCCGCCAUGGACAACUACACCCUCCAAAUAAACCCCAAUAGCGGGGUGUGCAACGAAGAACACCUCAACUACUUCAAGUUUAUAGGAAGAGUCGCCGGCAUGGCGGUGUAUCACGGGAAACUGCUAGACGCGUUCUUCAUCCGUCCGUUCUACAAGAUGAUGGUGGGCAAAACCAUAGAGCUGCAAGAUAUGGAGUCCGUGGACCUCGAGUACUACAACUCUCUAAUGUGGAUUAAGGAAAACGACCCAUCAGAGUUGUACCUAACGUUCUCCGUAGACGAGGAACAGUUUGGAAAGACUAUUCAGCGCGAACUGAAGCCAGGGGGCGCCAACAUCUCCGUGGACAACGAUAAUAAAGAUGAGUACAUCAAAUUGGUGAUCGAAUGGCGUUUCGUGAGCCGCGUCCAGGAGCAGAUGUACGCGUUCCUGGACGGCCUGGGCGGGCUGGUGCCGCUGCCGCUGCUGAAGAUCUUCGACGAGCACGAGCUGGAGCUGCUGCUGUGCGGCAUCCAGCACAUCGACGUGCGCGACUGGCGCGCCAACACGCUCUACAAGGGCGACUACCACGCCAACCAUCUCGUCGUGCAGUGGUUCUGGAGGGUGGUGCUAUCGUUCUCCAACGAAAUGCGUUCCCGGCUGCUACAAUUCGUGACGGGUACCUCCCGAGUACCCAUGAACGGCUUCAAAGAAUUAUACGGGUCCAACGGACCCCAGCUCUUCACUAUCGAGAAGUGGGGAGCGCCUGAUAACUACCCCCGGGCACAUACAUGUUUCAACCGCAUCGACCUGCCCCCGUACGAGAGCUACCAGCAGCUGCGCGAGAAGCUCGUCAAGGCCAUCGAGGGCUCGCAGGGCUUCGCCGGCGUCGACUGAACCCCCGACACAACGGCACUUCUGAGAGGCAGAUGUCAUGUUUUGGUGAAUAUUCGGUAUGGAAGGUAGAGGCAAGGAACAUAAACUCCAUAUGAAAAAUUGUCCGACAAAAAACCAUAAAUAGGUGCUACAAUACCUAGAAUACUUGAGAAAAAAAUCUAAUCAUAGACAGCGCACUUCACUCCGUCAACAACACCUAGGUUCUUAGCUUCUCUAGCGCUACCCUGGAGAGAUUUGGAACUAUUAUUUAUAGCUGACAGCUGGACACUUUUGCAACAGUUCUGCCUAAGAAGGAGAUUUUGUUCCUUGCCUCUACGUUCCAUAAUAUUCGGUAUUCACGUAAAAACAAAAUAUCAAUGAACUGAGGGCUCGCAGUAUUUUGCUGGUGUUGACUAAACCCACGACAUAACGGCACUUCUGAAAAGCAGAAUGCUACUGUCACAUGUCACCUCUAUAAUGUCGUUUUGGUGAAUAUUCGGUAUUUAAGUUUAAUAAAAAUAUCAAUGAACUGAGCGCUCGCAGUAUUUUGCUUGACAGACAGAAUGACUUUCGCAUUUAUAAUAUUACUAGUAAUUUGGGUAGCUUUUUUUUAUCCAAUCUGCUUUUCAUUGAUUCCCCGUAUAAAUUUCCUUACUUGAGAUACAUCUACAAUUUGAGCAUAUUGCUUACACUAACUAUCAGGCGAUGCAUCGCAAUUAUCUCAAAUAUCUUACUUCCACCCAGCUUUUCACCCUCUUAAAGGAUGAUUUUUGGGGAUAAAAACUAACCUAUGCCUUCCCCGGGACUCAAAUUAUCUCUAUACAAAAUUUUAACAAAAUCGGUUCAGCCGUUUAAGCGUGAUGAGGUAACAAGACAGACAGACAGAAAAACAGACAGACAAACAGACAGACAGACAGGCAGUCAGAUAGACAGACAGGUGCGAAAGCGUGUGAUGGAUUUUACUAACAAUGGCACCCGCGUGCGUGCCGCUCCGUGCACCCGCGCCAGCUAGCGGAUGCCUUGAAGGUGCCAACCAUUGGUGGAGUGCCGACAAUAGGUCUUGUUUCAUGGAUACAAAUACUCUUAAGCAAUAUGAUCCGGGCCCUUAAUCAUGUCGAUCUUAUGACACAUUCUCUAAAAUAACAAAAUGAGUACAGAAAGUUUCUGGAAAGUUCCUAUUUUGGAUAAUUCGUUUCCAAUACAAAAAAUGAGGUAUCCGAUUUUUGUGGAAAAUUUCGUAAUUUUUUGUCAACUUUCCGUCGGCACUGGAAUGAGACAUUUUAAAGUCACGUCACGUUAUGACUUAACUUAUGACUUAUAAGUUUUCGCGGAGAACUUUGUCGCUUUAAUUUUGUUUAAAUAAUUCCAUUGCCUUGAUAUAGCACGUAACUGUAACAUAAGUUAGAUAAGGUACUAUAUUCUUGACUUGUCACUUAAAUAUUACUAUGUUAUUAUAUUACAUAUUUUGCGUCCUCUAUAGAUUUGAGAUCGUUUUUGCUUUUUAGAUAUAUAUGAAUAUAUUUUCAUAUUAAAUAAAAACAAUGUACAUAAUCUGUAUAAGGUGUAAAAAAUUGCCAUGAUUUUUUUUUUGGGGUUUUAAUUUUUCCAUGAAAUGGACGAAAUGAUGUAAAAAAACUAGUAUAGUGAGCAAUUAUUUACACCCUGUAUUAUAAUUAACUUACUAAGUCAAUAAGAUAUGUUUAUUAUAUCGAUGAAUACUUAAUUAUUAUUAUAUUUUAAUGCUUGUGGAUACUUUACAAGUAUUUCGUUAUGGAUACGUCAGGAUAUAAAUUUAUUGUUUACAUAAGAUGUGUAUUAAGAUAAAUUAGUUCUUCGAAUUUGACAUCUAAUAAAGAUGGCGCUGUAACGUACAUAUGCGGUGAUUCUGGUUGUCAAUAUUACUUAGAGUCACCCCACGGCGUCUCCCGAGCGUCAACGUCUAGUCAAAUCUAUGGCUGCUGCUCGACGCAACGUUGGCGCUACUACGCAGUGACGCUAUUUUCUAGCGCUGCCUAGACGCCGACGCUCAAAUGACGUUAUGGGGUGGCCGUUUGACAAUCCAGUGACCAUGAAAUACAGCGACAUCUAGUUUUCCUGUCAGAUUGUGAGGCACGAUUUUUCUCAGAUUGGACGUGUAUGCACUCAAUAAGUCUGUCUCUUAUAGGGUUUUAUCAUUCUAUAGUCGGUGUAAGUUAAGAAGUAAAUUUUGACAGUUUUGAAUUGACCCUUAUGUUUACGAAGCUAGCCUGGCCAAAUUUCACCUUCCCAUAUAAGUGUAGUUUCGUUCUCAUUUUAAAACUACGCGUUGGAUUGUAAUGAAACUUUGCACAUACAAUGACGUGAGAUAUAUCUAUGCCUGUAAUUAGUUUAUAUAGCUUCAGCUUAUAAAUCAAACGAAAUAGAGCAAAUACAAGUUUUGUAUGAAAAACUUCGCUGUUUAUUUUUAACUGUGGUAUCUGAAGCUACAUAAUCUAAUUACAGGCAUAGAUAUAUCUUAUCCUAUUGUAAGUACAAAGUUUCAGAGCAAUCUAGCUAGUCGAUUUAAAAUGAGAGCUUAACUACGUUUGUAUGGAGAGCCGAGUUUGCUGCGGGCUCUAAAGAAGUAAAUUUUUACAGUUAUGAAUUGACCUUUAUAUUUACGAAGCACAUCUACGGUUUAACUGAUAGCCUUAGGGUCUGUUUCACAAUGUCCUGAAUAAGCUACGUGCCACUUAUCUGACGAAUAGGGACCGUGCGCGUUGGAGGGACUGCCAUCUUGUGGUCUGAAUCGGAACCAUAAACAGGCACAUUUACACGUCAAGUGUUUUCUUGUGCAUAGUAGGUUCUGCCAUCUUGUGGGCUACAUCGGAACAAAAAACAUCACAUUUACGCCUCGCGCCAAAAAUCUGACGGCUCCUGUGCUGCCUCCUACAGUUCAUGCACGCUCCCUAUAAAGUCGUCGGCGUGUCACAAUCUUCAAAUCAGCUUAACUGGUAGAUAAAGUGCUAAGUUUGCAGGAAGUUUUAUCUGGCAGUUUAUUUGUUAAUUAGCUAUCCAAUACUUUACUCAGACUUUGUGAAAUAGGCCCUUAGUGUCAUACAUAUAAGGGUCAAUUUAUAACUGUCAAAAUUUACUUAACUUACACCGAAUUUAAUCGAUCGCCGUCCGCUCGAACAUGCAAAAUACACUCAAACACCAAUAAAAAUGGUCACUUUGUUACGAUUUUUUCACACAAUGGCCUAUUUUCAUUGCUCUUGUGUAGGACGACGUUUCAUUCGAUUAGAGUGGUCUAUGGUGGUAUAUACUACUUUUAAAGCAUCUUUUGUCUAUUUUGCUCACGAAACACGUCUUUAAAACUAUAGUGCACAGAGCCGAAUUUCCGUUGUUAAUUUAUAUCUUAAUGUUUUUCAAAUAUAUUUUUUUUAUCUUCAAUUAUUUCAAGUAUAGAAUGCACGUGGUAAUGAUGGCCAGGGCCGGAUUUCGGUCUAGGCCCUCAAGAUCCGGGCCUAGGGGCCCAGGCAACGUAGCAAUGGUUUUGAUAUGGCCCCCCUAAAUUCUUAGUGCCAUACCAAGUGUCUAGGGGCCCUAGGUCACUAAAUCCGGGCCUGAUAGAUAAAGUAAAGAAUAAAAUUGGAAUCAUUUAGUUGGACUGUGGACGUUUUCUUAUUAAAACCUAUAACGUCGAUGGAUCAAUUUUUAAUCGUUAUGUCGACUUUACAGAAUUUCGAUUAGUUGACGUGUUAAUAGUAUGUAUUAUUAUAUUUAUUAUAAUUGAAUCACGCAUUGAAAUAUAUCUAAGGACGGGCCUUACGGGCACUAAGAAUUGCGCUAGUUGGGUGGUGUCAUCAAUUCGAGCCAAUCGUGCAGUCUAACGCUGCUGUACUGGCCCCAUUCUUAUUGCCUGUAAGGCCCGUCCUUAGAUAAAUGUCAAUGGAAUCACGUCAAUAUAAAAGGGUCUACGGCCUUAACCAAGGUGACAAUCAUUUGUCGACAAACGCCAAUAAAAAAAAAGUAUUGGAAAACAAUGUCACAUCAUUUCUAUAAAUUAUUUAUUUUAAGUGUCAAUUAGCAUUUUCUCCAAACGCUUGUCACUUGUCUAGACCCUCAGGCGUAGGCGCCUAUUUCACCACGCUGACAAUUGGCACCUGACAAUGUCAAUUUUCUGCACAACUCUGCGCCGGAUUAAGCACAGGGUAAAUGUUUGAACGUCAAAAUGGUGAAGUUGUAUUGAGUUUUUUUUGUUCAUUAAUGUUGAUUAAAGCGUAAUUAUUGAUAAAGUCAGACCAAGCUAAGUUGGCAACGAUUUUGAUCGCCAUAGGCUGUGCAAGUGUUAAGUAAACGUCAUAGUUUCAUAGAUGUUUGACGUUUAAAAUAACACUUGCGCUGUCUGGGCAAUCAAAAUCGCUGCCAACUUAUCUUGGUCUGAAUCUAGCUUAUUACGCAAUGAACUAAUGUGGAAAGUACCGCGCAACUUCACUAUUUUGACAUUGGUUAAAUUGUCACAUAUUUGAUGGAAGCCAUUUAUAAAAAACAAGAAGAGGUUAGCACCGUACGUAGCGUAAAUACAUAUUUACUGUGCAUAUCACCGUAUAUACUGUUAAUAUGUAUCUAUUUACCCGUGCCAAUGCGGGAAUAAGCACUUUCCGUGACCGUGUUAAAAAUUUGAAGGGCCAUAUGUACUCUGAAACGUUGUACAGUGAGCUGCGAAAUUGCAUGGAGAAAUUAUAAAUGAAUUCAUUGAUAAAUUCGCCAUGCACUUUUAUGGCUUUACAAUACACGAGCGAAUAGGUAAUUCGCAACUCGUGUCGAUUUAUUUAUUUAUUAUUAUUACUUAUUAUUAUUUAUUUCAAUAAAAUACAAUUGAUACUGGCUUAAUAUUAAAUACAACGUCCCACAAAACUGUUUGACUGUGGGAUCCGUGGGUCCAUGCUAGAUUACGUAGAUACAUGUUAAUUAUAAAGUCUUAGAUCUAAUUAAUUGUUGAGGCAAAAAUUGGAUAGUUUAUCAUAUCAUAUAUUAUUUAUCACCACUCGUUGCGAAUUUCGUACUUCCCGCACUUGUAUCGUAAUAGUACAUUACGAUACAAGUGCGAGAAAUAGGAAAUUCGAAACAAGUGUCGAUAAAUUAAAACACGACCGAAGGAAGUGUUUUAAAUCGACACGAGUUGCGAAUUACCUAUUCGCACAUGUAUCGUACAACGUUUUACAGUACAUAUGACCCUUUAAAUGUUCGACACAGUAACGUAAUAUGCUAAUUUUCGCACUAGUGCGGUAAAGUAUAUGUACUGUACUGUUAAUAACUAUUACUUGUUGGACCAGCAGUGUACUUGGAAUUGUCAUUGUCAGGUGACAAUUGUCACAAUGGUGAAACAGGAGCCAGGGGCCUAUUUCACCACAGUGACAAUUGACCCUUGGAACUGACAAUUCCCUGUCCAUCUCCGGGCCGAUAAGUAUUGACGGUACCUAGCGUCAAUACUUACUUGUUUGACAGCAAUAUAUGGGGAAUUGUCAUUGUGAUCUGACUAUUGUCAUCAUAGUGAAACACGGGCCAUGUCAGUGCACUGAGUAUACUAUUAAGUGCGGCAAUAAGUUAUGGAAAGCAAUGAACAAUGAAUGAGGUUGCUGUUAUUAUAAUGUUUUUAUCUUAUUAUGAAUAUUAUCCUGUAAAUAGUAUAAAAACGAUUGAAAAAUUCAUGCAAAUAAAAAGUUAUCAAUUAA